GAUGUUGAGUAUAUGGAAGUUCAAAGCUCAUUCUCAAUGGAAAAGAAGAACCAGAUUUCAGAGGCUCUGUGGGCUACAUGUGCAAGGCGAUUGUUUCUUCUUAAGCUCAAAUCAAGAUAUGCAGAUGGUCAGAAGAUUGCUAAAAAGUUAUCAGUUCAAAUAACGAAAGAAACAAAAACUUAAAGUACUGUUACGAGAGUAUAAUUUAUUCUGUAAUGCUGCUGGAG